CACACACACACACACUCACUUGACUUUAGGGACAAAUUGGUCAAUAUUUGACCGGAGCGCACUUGACUGGAGGGCAAAAGUUUUUUUUUUAAAUCUAUUUUUGAGGAGGGGGGAUUUUGAACUUGGACACAAGGACGAAGGCAAGUUUCAGUUUUUUGUUUGUUUGUUUUUGCUCUCAUUUAAAAAAAAAUCACAGGUGGAUACCAAGCAAAAGGAGGAAAUAGCUUUUUUUUCUUAUUUAUCGUUGGACUUUUGGACUUGAACUGGGCGAGACCACACUAAGAGGAAGGAGAUGAGGAGAUGGACGCUAAAACUCUCGGCGGGCCUCGGCCUUCUGGCUGUCCUGCUGAACUUCUGCUAUGCUGAAGAGAACUACUGCUUCGCUUCACGGUCCAAGACCUGUUCGGAGUGUCUGCAGGCUGGCGCAGGCUGCGCCUACUGCCCCGACGAGACCUUUAAGGGCCCUCGGUGUGACCUGUAUGCUAACAUCCUGGCACACGGCUGCAGGGCUGCCACCAUCAUCACAGCCAAAAGCAGCAUGUCCAUAGACAGAAACCAGGCCAUCGACACCAGGAUCCAGCAGUCGCAGGUGUCCCCGCAGGACGUGACCAUGACCUUCCUGCCCGGAGAGGAGAAGCUGCUGGAUGUCAGCGUGUUCGCUCCAGUCAAAGGUCCUCUGGAUCUUUACAUUCUGAUGGACUUCUCAAACUCCAUGGCUGACGAUCUGGACAGCUUGAAGAGCCUGGGCAACAAGCUGGCUGCCGUAGUGGGAACGCUCUCAGAUGACUACACCAUCGGAUUUGGAAAAUUUGUGGACAAAGUGAUCGAGCCCCAGACUGACAUGAGACCCGAAAAACUUCAGAAGCCGUGGCCAGACAGUGACCCUCCCUUCUCUUUUCAAAAUGUCAUCAAGCUGACAAAUGAUUUGAACUUCUUCACCACCAAGCUCAGCAAGGAGAAUAUAUCUGGCAACCUGGACCCGCCCGAAGGAGGGUUCGACGCCAUUUUACAGGCUGCCGUGUGUAGGGAUCAGAUAGGUUGGCGGAAGCACAGCACACAUCUCCUGGUUUUCUCCACUGAGUCGGCCUUCCACUACGAGGCCGAUGGCGCCAAUGUGCUGUCCGGUAUUCUGCCCCGCAAUGACGAGCUCUGCCACCUGGACUCACAGGGCAAAUACACAGAGGCCACGAAGCAGGACUACCCUUCGAUACCCACGCUGGUCCGUCUGCUCGGGAAACACAACAUCAUCCCCAUCUUCGCUGUCACAAACCAUUCCUACUCUUACUAUGAGAAACUCCAAAGGUAUUUUCCAAUUGCUGAGGUUGGUGUUCUGGAGGCCGACUCAGCCAACAUCCUACAGAUCAUGGAGACUGCCUUCAACAAUAUCCGCUCGAAGAUGAGCAUCCGAGCAGAGGACCGGCCAAAGGCUUUUCAGGUUCAGUUCUUGACCAGUGGCGGACAAGUUGCAGAGUACGGCGCCUUUGAUGUCAAGCCUGGAAAUAUUGGUAAAUUCCAGAUGCGGCUCAAAGCGCACCGAAGCAUCAACAAAGAGCUUGUCUGUGGGAUGAAUGAAGCUGACAGAGAGGGCGUAAUGAGGGUCAAACCUACCACCUUCAAUGCUGCCGCCAACGUGAAGGCCUCCAUUUUAUGUCCGACCUGUGACUGUGAGCAGACCCCCCUCCCUAAAGCAGACAUAUGCCAUAAAAACGGGGACUUGGUGUGUGGGAAGUGCCAAUGCUCUGACGGCUGGCUGGGGAACUUCUGCAACUGCUCGGCGAGCGCCUCGGCUCUGGACACCAGCCAGUGCGUCAUGCCCGGGUCGAAGGAGCCCUGUUCGGGCCGCGGGGACUGUCUGGCAUGUGGAACCUGCGUGUGCCAUCGUCCAGAUCAGUUUGAAGGGCCCUACUGUCAGUAUGACAAAACCCAGUGUAAAAGGCACUCCGGCUUCCUCUGCAACGAACGGGGGUCUUGUGUCAUGGGGCAGUGUGCGUGUACAGACGGCUGGGAGGGCGACGCCUGCCAGUGUCCUAAGAGCAAUCAGACCUGCCUGGACAACAAAGGGACUGUCUGCAACGGGCUGGGGAAGUGUGUGUGUGGCCGCUGCCAGUGUCAACAUGUGUGUGAGGUGACAAGAGCCUGCGCCCAGUGCCAGGCCUGGAAGACGGGGGAGAAGAAAGAUGCGUGCGACAGCUGCGUCUUCAAGGUUGUUAUGGUGGACGAACUGAAAGAACGAGAGAAGGUGCUUGAUCUGUGCUCCUUCCGCGAUGAGGAGAACGACUGCACAUACCAAUACACAGUUGAAACCAACAAAGAUCCAAACAGUAAAGAGCUGAUGGUUGAGAUGCUCAAAGAGAGAGACUGUCCUCCUGCCAGCCUGCUGUGGCUGCUGCCUCUGCUCCUGUUCCUGCUGCUGCUGCUGGCCCUGCUGCUGCUCUGCUGCUGGAAGUACUGCGCCUGCUGCACAGCCUGCUGGCAGAGGUUUCUCGCCCUGCUGCCUUGCUUGAAUAAGGGUCGCAUGGUCGGCUUUAAGGAAGACGAGUAUUUGCUUCAUCAGUCUCGCCUGACCUCGGACCACCUGGACACACCGAUGGUGAGGACCGGCCCACUGAAAGGAACAGACGUGGUUCGCUGGAAGGUCACAGACAACGUGCACCGCGGAGCCAACCACCCCCAGGCUCUGAUCAAACCAAACCCAAAGGAGAUGAUCAACUUCCCGGUCUCUGUUCGACUGAACAGGCUGUUCUCCGAGAAUAACUUCCACCCAGAGUCCAGAGACACUGAGCAGCUUCGCAAAGAAGUCGCUGAUAACCUUAAUGAGGUGUACAAGCAAAUUCCCGGGGCACAGAAAGUGCAGCAGACGUCCUUCAGGAAUGACUACACCAUCAUGGACACAGUCUUGCCUGCUCCUCGCUGCAGUUAUCCAGACAUACUCAAAGUCACUGAGAAGAAUGUCCAGUCUGGAAACCUGCAUAACCUCAAAGUAGUGCCAGGCUACUACACUGUAGCCACAGACAGAGAGGCCGCCGGUGCCGUGGAGUUCCAGGAGGGAGUCGAGUCCCUAGAUGUGCACGUGCCGCUCUUUGUCAAAGACGAGGACGAUGACAAGAAGCAGCUGUUGGUGGAAGCCCGGGACGUGCCGCUGGGGAUCGCGGAGAUCGGAAAACGGAUGGUCAACAUAACCAUCAUCAAAGAGCGCGCCAGCAGCAUCUUCUCAUUCCUCCAGCCAAGCUACACAUACAGCAGACAAGAUGGAGUGGCCAAAAUCCCAAUCAGCAGAGAGAUCAUAGAGGACGGGCGCACGCAGGUCUCCUACCGCUCACAGGAUCUGUCAGCCAAGGACAAGAAGGACUAUGUGACUGUGGAGGGAGACCUGAGUUACGGCCCUGGUGAGACUCAGAAAACGGUCAAUGUUCCCCUGCUGGAGCUGGGCGAGAAAGACGGCCUGUUGGAAGACAAACUGCCCAAACAGUUUGCCAUGGACCUCAGCAACCCACGGCAGGGAGCCAAGCUGGGCCGCUACCCGAGAACCACGGUCACAAUCACGGACCAGCCGGAACCGAGCGUGGUGAUGUUCAAGAAGGCCACCCAAAACUUCACCACCACAGACUCGGCCUACACCAUCCCCGUGGUCCGCACUCGCAACCCGGACAGCGCCGCCACCCUCAAAUGGCGCUCCAAGAAGGCUCAGCGCUUUGAGCUUUCCGGCCCUCUCAAGUUUGGCCCCGGAGAGACGGAGAAAAACAUCGUGAUCAACCCCACCGCGCACCCCGGCCCCAUCCUACCAGAAAGCUUCCAGCUGGAGCUGUGUGACCCAGGCAGCAACACCUCCCUCGGAGAGAGGAGAACCACCCUGGUCAAUGUCACAGAAGGAGCGCCCAGAUCCCCAGAGAAUGCCCAGAUGCAACAGAUGGGCUUCAUAAACCAAAAGGCCACCUCCCCUGGAGGUUACCCUCUCACCCCAGAAAACCUGAAGGCCAAAGCAACUGGGCCCAGAAACAUCCGUCUGAACUGGGACCCGGCGCCGGGGAACCCGCUCGGGUACAAGGUAAAGUAUUGGAUCUAUGGCGACCCGGAGAAAGACGCCCAGGUCUUAGACGUGAAGACUCCUCAGGCCGAGCUGACCGACCUGUAUCCGUACUGUGACUACGAGAUGCGAGUGUGUGCCUACAACGCGCUGGGAGACGGCUAUGAUACCGACAUCACCUCCUGUCAGACACUGGAAGAUGUGCCUGGGGAACCUGGUCGACUGGCCUUUAAUGUUAUCAGUCCAACUGUCACUCAGCUCAGCUGGGCAGAGCCCGCAGAGACCAACGGCAACAUCACAGCGUACGAGGUCAUCUACACGCCCAUAGACGACGAGCUGAAUCCGGUUGGAGCCCCUAAGAAAGUGAUGAUCGACAGUCCUAAAAAACGAAUGCUGCUCAUCGAGAACCUCAAGAGCGCGCAGACCUAUCAGUACCAAGUCCGUGCCAAGAACAGCGUGGGCUGGGGUCCCUUCAGAGACGCCAGCAUCAACCUGGCAUCGCAGCCCGCCCGACCUCUGUCCAGUAAGGCUGCUCAAACCUCCCCGCAGGGCUCCACGGCCACCCAGCCCCCUCGGGAGAGAUUAAUUUCUCUCUUUCUGUGCCCAGUUCCCAUCAUUCCAGAUGUGCCAAUUGUGGACGCUGAGGCCGGGGACGAGUACGACAGCUACCUGAUGUACAGCAAUGAUGUGAUGAAGUCACCGACGAGCUCCAAGACGCCCAGCGUCUCUGGUGAUGAUUACAUGAUGAAUGGGAAGUGGGACCAGAACUUCCUCUUCCCGGGGGGGUCGCUGACACGCAACAUGUCGGCCUCGUCCUCUCCCAUGUCCACCCUGAGCUCCACCUACAUGGGGGGAGGCCGCUCCGAGACCAACAACACCUACAUGGGGGGAGGCCGCUCCGAGAUCAACACCACCUACAUGGGGGGAGGCCGCUCCGAGACCAACACCACCUACAUGGUGGGGCAGGGUAAGGCGCGCGGCCAGCCGGGGGCCAGCCAAGGUCCAGCCAGGGACCAGCCGGGGACCAGCCGGAUGUCCGCUCACUCUCCGUUCACUCUCCCUUCAGGAGGCAGGCAGGGCAUGAUGGGAGGUGGAGUCCACACCACUGACGUUAUCAUGAGGAAGCACUCCAGAAGCUACACCGAUGAGAGCAUCCGGGACUCCAUCGUCAUGGCGGAUGUGUCCAGCAAGUUCCCAGAUCUAAGCGGGUUCGGCUACGCUGGGAUGCAGAGCAGCUCUCAGCAGGGCUACAGCCUGUCUGCGGGCUCCAGGGCCCGGACCCAGUCCACAGACGUCCACGAGGCCCUGUACAGCCUGGACAGCGUGCUGCAGGAUGCGCGCUUCUCUCCGGGCGUGCCGGAGACGCCCAGCCGGCUGGUCUUCUCUGCUCUGGGGCCGACGGCCCUCAAAGUCAGCUGGCAGGAGCCCCACUGUGAGAAGGACAUCCUGGGCUACUGUGUUCUGUACCAGCUGCUCAGCGGAGGCGAGACGAAGCGCAUCACGGUGACCAACCCGGCCGAGAACUCGGUCCACAUCCAGGACCUGCUGCCCAACCACUCCUACCUGUUCAAGGUCAAGGCCCAGAGCCAGGAGGGCUGGGGCCCCGAGAGGGAGGGGCUCAGCUGGGACAAGCCCCGCCAGCCCGCCGGGGACGUGAUGGGCUACGUGGUCACCUGCGAGCAGCUGCACGGGGGCGGGGACGUGCGCUCCUUCCAGGUGAACGGCGACAGCGCCGAGACCAGUUUGACCGUUCCCAACUUGACCGAGAACAUUCCAUACAAGUUCAAGGUCCAGGCUCGGACCACGCAGGGGUUCGGCCCAGAGCGGGAGGGCAUCAUCACCAUCGAGUCUCAGGAUGGAGGUGCCUUAUCUCAAUAUAACAGCCAAUCAAUGACGAGGAGAGACGUUUUCCACAUGCCAACAGAAGUCACGACACAAAGCAGCGUCUCGCGCACCCUGCUCAACGACCCGCACUUCUCUGACGGGAUGAUGGUGACCAGGCAGCACACGGAGACUGGCGGCAUGGUGACCCGGCAGGUGACCCGGGAGGUGGUCCAGAGGAGCGUCGUGGGGGGCUCCACCGUCACCAAGAAGAUGUUCUAUGAGACC